ACGCCCCCUUACUUAAACAAAUUGCUCCAACUUUAAUAAUUUCUGCUCCUUUUUCCCAACACCAGAGCUAGUUCCGGCAGCAUUUAGUUAUGUAUCAAACAUCCUCAGACUCAGCAAAGCCACCAUCCAAUCAGCCAGCAGCCACCGGUUUCCCGGUGAGCUACAGCAACCCAACACCCUACUACACCACCGACAAUUCCCACUACCAUCAACCACCGCCACCUCCCCAGCCUACGGAAUGGUCCACCGGCCUAUGUGACUGCUUCUCCGACACUAAAAAUUGUUGCAUAACGUGUUGGUGUCCAUGCGUUACAUUUGGCCAAGUUGCAGAGAUUGUUGACAAGGGAUCAACCUCAUGCGGUGCAAGUGGGGCUCUGUAUACGCUAAUUUGUUGUGUGAUUGGAAGUGGUUGCUUAUAUUCUUGCUUCUACCGUUCCAAGAUGAGACGCCAAUACAAUUUGAAGGGAAGUGGUUGCGUUGAUUGCUUGACUCAUUGCUUCUGCGAGUCCUGCGCCUUGUGCCAAGAAUAUCGUGAGCUUGAAAAUCGUGGAUUUGACAUGGAUAUUGGGUGGCAUGGAAAUGUUGAGCAACGUACCCGGGGAGUAGCCAUGACUGAAACAGCUCCAAAAGUCGAACCGGGCAUGAACCGUUGAAGGGACGAUCAAUACAAUAGUACACGCGCUUCUGUAAUUGAGCAUGAUUCUUGUGUGAGAUCUGAUGUACAACAAUGUAUGAACAAUAAGUGAUUCCAUUUUAGUUAUUGUAAUUGAUGUUAUAUAUUCCUCAAUAACACAAUGUAUGAACAA